AUGCCAAUGUUUUCUCCGUAAACAUGUGAAGCAUACGACAUAUCGUCUUUGUCGUUGCCGUUUAUGGAUGCGUGUUUUUCCAGAAAUAAAACGACAUCGUUGAAGACGACGACAUUGUCGAUUUGGUCGUCGAAUUGCAUGGGCGUUGUGUUAAAACGGCGUCGUUGAGUGAACAACAGUCCAUGGCCGUUGUCCCGGCGGUCAUCAACCGUAACCUUAAAGCAAACGACCUUGACUUCUCUCCUUCCUGUCGGUUUCGCCAUUGACGCCAUUGAUUAGCUUUGUUUAUAGCCACAAACCACAAAAUCUUUGUGUUUAAGCGCUAAAGUUCGAUUCUUUUUGCCUUGAAUUCGAAGCCAUGGCAGAUUUUCGCGGUUUCUCUCUGGUGAUGAUUUUCGCAAUUGCUCUCUUUUUCGCCGGCGCCGGCGCCGAGAUCCGGACAAUGGAGAUCCGAUCCGACCGGCGUUCCAUAAUUCCGUUCGACACAUUCGGAUUCACCGCCUACGGCGAGCUCAAUCUCUCCGUCACCGGUAUCUCCUUCUCCUCGCCGAAAUCCCAGCCGAGUCCCCGCAUAUCGAGGCUAGGGUUCUUCUACUGCACCGGCGACGCGUGGCUCCACGUGCUGGGAAAGCUCCGGGCCGGAGAAAUCCAGUGCCCUCUCGAUUCCGAACUCACCAAUAAAGUCUUCACAUUCCACACCUCAACCAAAAAUUUCGCGAGCUCCGUCGAGGUAAUGGAGGCCAAUCAAUACACUCUCCUAUUCGCGAAUUGCGAGCCGGAUCUAGAAGUUUCCAUGAAUGUACAAUCCGUGAUGUACAAUCUCAACCCUAGAACCCACCGGCCGGAUUUCCUCUCCGCCGGAAAAACUCCUCUCCCGGCGAUUUAUUUCUCCCUGUUCUUGGUAUACCUAAUUUUAGGUAUUCUCUGGGUUUAUACGCUUUACAAGAACCGUUUAUCUGUUUACAGAAUUCAUUUCUUUAUGCUUGCUGUUCUGAUUCUAAAAGCUCUGAAUUUAUUAUGUGAGGCUGAGGAUAAAUCUUAUAUCAAGAGAACUGGGAGUGCUCAUGGAUGGGAUGUUUUGUUCUAUAUAUUUAGUUUCAUGAAAGGGAUUUCACUGUUUACUUUGAUAGUCCUAAUUGGGACUGGAUGGUCAUUCUUGAAACCCUAUUUGCAAGAUAAAGAGAGGAAUGUUUUAAUCAUUGUGAUUCCCUUGCAAGUUGUGGCUAAUGUGGCUCAGGUUGUGACUGAUGAGACAGGGCCUUUCGGGGAGAAUUCGUAUCGGUGGAAGCAGGUGUUUUUGCUGGUGGAUAUUCUGUGUUGUUGCGCGGUUUUGUUCCCGAUCGUGUGGUCGAUCAAGAACUUGCGCGAGGCGGCCAAGACGGAUGGCAAGGCGGCUGUGAAUUUGAUGAAGUUGACAUUGUUUAGGCAGUAUUACAUUAUAGUUAUCUGCUAUAUUUACUUCACGAGAGUCGUGGUUUAUGCUCUCGAGACUGUUACUUCGUACCGCUAUCAAUGGACUAGCGUGGUGGCUUCUGAAUUGGCCACGCUCGCUUUCUAUGGCUUCACGGGAUAUAAUUUCAGGCCUAAGGCUCACAACCCGUAUUUCGCCCUGGAUGACCGAGAGGAAGAAGCUGCUGCAGAAGCUCUCAAGCUUCAAGAUGAGUUUGAAUUGUGAAUUGUGAUGAUACCUUGGCAAAGCAAAGGUAGAAAAAAUGGUUUUUUUUUUGCAGAUGCAUUUGAGCAUCUCUUUUUACAGAAUUCACAGAUGUUUGUCCAAUCUUAUUAGGUAUAGGUAUGAAUAUUGUCUGUCUCAUAGUGUCUGUUAUCAUCUCUGUGAUGUUUUCCACUGUUAAAUCCUGUUUGGGCUGUUUUAUGUGUUUGAGGAAUGUUGUUCAAUGCCAUUGUUGAAUUCUAAAUUAAAAAAAGUAGCUGCCAUGUCCAUUGAGCUUGGUACGAUA